AUGGCGAAAUCCAAGUCGAAAAAUGAUGAUGUGCAGGAGUUGGUCUUGCCGGAAAUUGGGAAUUUUUCUCAGUUUUUCAAAAGCCGCUCAAAAUUCUCGGAAUGCAUGACGGAUGUGAUUUCGAACGUCUACGAAUGGUCGACAUCUCUGGACCCAUCGGCCGAGGCAGAUCUUCCAUUGCCAUUCGUUUCGAAGAAUCCAGAAGUCGUUUGGUCGUAUUUGAAGCAUCAGAAUAAGCAGUUGGACGGGUUGAAUAGGAAAUAUAAGGGAUUUCUAUCGGAAUUGAUCGGAAAACCACACAUUCGUCUAUCGGCGAAGCAGCAAGAAUCAGAAGAUUCAGAAGACGUCGAUUCUGAAGACAUCGACGACGAAGAGGAAGAAGAUCUAGAAGACGAGGAAGGCCUAGAAGACGUGGACGAUGAAGAGGAGGGCGACAUGGAUCUCUUCAAUUUGACAGAGAGCGAUCUGAAGACUCUGGACGCGGAUCUGAAGAAGAUGGCUGAAGAGGAAGAUUCUGGAGAAGAUUCAGAAGGCGUCACGCCGUCUUCUGAAGCGGCGCCAAAGAAAUUCAAGAAGAGUAUAGUGGACGACGAGUUCUUUAGUCUCGAAGAAAUGCAUGAUUAUUUGAAGAAAACCGAGCGAGGCGGAGGCAAGAAGACGUCCGAGGAGGAGAUGAUGUUCGAGGAUGAGGACAGCUGGGACGGCAAAACCGACUACACCUACGAGGACUUCUUCGGAGCUCGUGACGCUGCUCCAGAAUCUUCUCCAGCCAAGAAGAAAGGUGUCGAGAAGAAGCGAAAGGCGGGAGAGGCGGAUUUGUCGUCGGUGGACGAUGGGAAAAACGCCAAAAAACGAGUCCGCUUCGCGAUGGACGAGCAGGAAUCAGAAGAAGAAGAAGAAGAAGAGGAUCCAGAAGACGUUGACGAUGAAGAAGCAGAAAUGGACGACGAGGAAGAGGAAGAAGGAGGUCCAGUGCUUCUAGGCGCGGACCUAGAGGAGAAAAAGGAGUCGUCGGGCUUCGAACGUCGUCAGGAGAAGAUGAAGGAACGAAUUCAGAAGUUGGAGGAGGAGAAUCUCGCCCCGAAGACGUGGGAACUGUCGGGAGAGGUUGCAGCCGACCAACGUGAUCAGAAUACGCUUCUCGAGAAACACGUGGACUUCGAUCAUGGAGCCAAGAGGGCUCCAGAAGUGACUGAAGAGUUUACGGAUCGGCUGGAGAGUCUCAUCAAGCAGAGAAUCAAGGAUAAGGCGUGGGAUGAUGUAGUCAGGGUGAAGAAGGUGGAGGCGAAAGGCGCCAGAUUCGAAACGGAGGCCAUUGAGAAUGUGAUGAAUCAGAAGACGUCGUUGGCUGAGGUUUACGAGAAGGAGUAUCAGAAUGCGAUGGGAAAUGGAGGUGGUGGGGAGAAGAAGGAGAAUCCGGCGCACGAGGCGAUUAAGGGCAAGAUGGGAGAGCUUUUUAGACUGAUCGACGCUCUAACGCACUUCGAAUACAAACCGGAUCAAGCUCGCGAGGAAGUCAAAGUCGUCUCCAACAUGGCGGCUCUUCGUGUCGAAGAAGUCGGUAUCACCGCAUCAACCGAAGCCCAACUCAUGGCUCCAGAAGAGAUUGCCAAGAAAAUGCGCUCCAUUGAGAAGGGCAAAGAGGAGCGAACGGCGACGGAUCGAGCCAGAGAACGACGUGCGAAGAAGGCGAAGCAGCGUUCGAUGGUUGAGAAGUUUGGAGAGGAGAAGGUGUUCGGCGAGGCGAAGGAGAAGAAGAGGGAGAAGGCGGAGAGGGGGAAAGACAAGGGAGCAGGUGAUAAGAUUAAGAGCUCGAAUUUCUUCGCAAAGCUCCAGGAGACGGUGCAGAAUGAGAAAGCUGGGAAUGCGGUGACGAAGAAGAAGAAGGUGGUGAAGAGAGUGAAGACUGAUAAGAAUUCCGCUGCUAUCAAGUUGUAG